UGGGUAGAAUUAUUGCAUUAUUCUAUAUAAACAUCACGUUCAUUCAUGUGGCUGCAAUUAUAGUAACGGUGUUUUAAGGUAGUGAGAGUGCAUCAAAACCCAUUAUAAAAGCCAAACACUCCAGCAGAGAAAACAGAAAGAUGAGCAGAGAAAAAGCAGAGCACCCAUAGGCCAUAACUGUUUUUGUCUUUAACCGUUCCUUUUUUGCGUGACCCUUUAAUCUAAAUCGAAAUUAUUCCCUUUUCUUUAACCAAAGUUGGUUACUUAUUUCAUUUCAACUAAGUGGGUCAUUGUGUUUACAAAUAUUUUGUAAGAAAAUAAAAUGAAAUUUGGAAGUAAAGAAAUGGUUGUGUUUCUUCAAGAAGCAACUGAUGGAGUUGGUUUGCAACUUGAAUUAAUAUGGAAAUAUAUCAGACAGCCAUUGAUUGUGCCAAUGCUAAGAGUUGCAGUGUUUAUAUGUUUGACUAUGUCGUUGAUGAUGUUGGUCGAGAAGGUUUACGCUGCCAUUGUGAUUAGUUGGGUGAAGUUAUUUGGUAGAAAACCAGAGAAGGUUUACAAAUGGGAGAGUUUUGAGGAUGAUGUUGAGAUGGGAAGCUCUAAUUAUCCAAUGGUUCUUGUUCAAGUCCCAAUGUACAAUGAAAAAGAGGUUUAUCAGUUAUCAAUAGGUGCUGCUUGUGGACUCACUUGGCCUUGCGACAGGAUAAUCAUACAAAUUCUUGAUGAUUCAACUGACCCAUCAAUCAAGGAAUUGGUGGAGCUAGAAUGCCAUAAAUGGAGAAGCAAAGGUGUGAACAUAAAGUAUGAAGUUAGGGACAACAGAAAUGGGUAUAAAGCAGGUGCUCUAAAAGAAGGAAUGAAACAUAGCUAUGUGAAACAAUGUGAUUAUGUUGCCAUCUUUGAUGCUGAUUUUCAACCAGAAUCUGAUUUUCUCUUGAGAACCAUUCCUUUCCUUGUUAACAAUCCUGAAAUUGGUCUUGUUCAGGCUCGCUGGAACUUUGUGAACGCGGAUGAAUGUUGGAUGACAAGAAUGCAGCAAAUGUCACUUGAUUACCAUUUUAAAGUGGAACAAGAAGUGGGGUCUUCCACUUACGCUUUCUUUGGCUUCAACGGAACUGCUGGUGUAUGGAGAAUUUCAGCUCUAAAUGAAGCUGGUGGAUGGAAAGAUAGGACCACAGUCGAAGAUAUGGACUUAGCUGUACGUGCUAGUCUCAAAGGAUGGAAAUUCUUAUUCCUCUCCAAUAUACAGGUUAAAAAUGAAUUGCCAAGUACUCUAAAGGCAUAUCGAUACCAACAACAUCGUUGGUCAUGUGGGCCCGCCAAUCUUUUUAGAAAAAUGGUUAUGGAGAUUAUGACAAACAAUAGAGUGUCUUUAUGGAAGAAAAUAUACGUUGUUUAUAGUUUUUUCUUUGUUCGGAAGAUUACGGCUCACAUCAACACAUUUGUAUUCUAUUGCCUUGUGUUACCUACAAGUGUUCUUGUGCCUGAGGUUUUUAUCCCAACGUGGGGUAUUGUUUAUAUUCCUUCCAUCGUCACCCUUCUAAAUGCUGUUGGAACUCCAAGGUCAUUUUAUUUAGUUGUCUUUUGGGUUCUCUUUGAGAAUACUGUGGCUCUACAUCGAACAAAAGGGACAAUUAUUGGUCUACUAGGAACUAGAAGAGUGAAUGAAUGGAUUGUCACUGAAAAGCUUGGAGAUGCUCUCAAGGUUAAAGGUGGUGAUGGCAAAGGACUCAAAAAGUCUCAAUUUAGGAUUGGAGACAGGAUAUACAUGUUAGAACUUCUUGUUGGAUUGUAUCUUCUCUUCUGUGGCACCUAUGAUCUUAUGUAUGGGAAAAAUCACUUCUUCCUAUUCAUAUACCUCCAAUCAAUUGCUUUCUUGAUCAUGGCAUUUGGAUAUAUUGGCACUUUUGUUCCCAACCCCUAGAAGAUCAUUGGCAUCGGCAAUACUUCCUUCACCAUUUUCGGUUUUUGUUACUUCAAUUCUUUCUGAAUAUAUGAUAGUCUUUCAGCAAAUGUAAUAAAUUGUUGCAAUUAAUAAUAACAUAGUAGUAUUGAGUAUCGAACUAA